CGAGCCUUCGACACAAACACUACGUUUACUAUGCCACGCAGCGAGCGACGCACCGUAAGGCUUCCCCCGCCACCCUUGGUCGUUGGCUAUGCGAUCUGCGUCCAAUACUUCUACGAUGUCAUCACCCCCUUGCCCGAUUAUCGCAAGAGAUUCGAAGGCCCAGGUCGCCUGGGAUCGAGCCUUGGACCUGACUACUGGCAACAUUGUAUCACCUACGUACGCCAAUGGAAAGGUGUUUCCGGUCCUAUGCGCCUCUUUGAGACACCUGAACCCGAUGUAGACACCAACAAAUUCGAUCACACCUCGCAUAUCUUUAUUCCUGUCCGGACGGUGCUGUACAAGGAUCGACACCGCCAGUGCAACGAGUCUCCCUUCGAUCAGGCCCACCUCGCAGACAUGGUCAGGAGGAUCGACUCGUUGGGAGGCGUGCUCGAUCCAUCGCGAGUGAAAUGGAGACAGUUCAAGCCACGCUCGCGGGCCAACCCCAAGGGGUAUGACUACUCGAUGUAUGCAUCUUGUGGUCUGUUUCCUCCCGUGCGACGUGUUCAGUAUCCACCAUCGACUAUCGAGGAUGUCGAGGUUCUUUAACUUCAACUUCUUCCCGAACAUCUCGUCCCUUCAAUUUCGACGCGCUAUCCAAGAGCCAUUGAUCAUUGGAGGAACUCUGUGAACGCCUGAUCGGCUUACGCUCACUGAUGCGUGGCCUAUUGACGUUCUCAGGAUUGCACUUGGAGCGGAUCUCGAGUAACCGUUGUGCUCCAAUGUGAAUCUGAGAUGGCCUUCCGAUUUCCCUGUGUGCGGACUGGUUUUACUACAUGCAAGCUGGCGGGCAAUGUGUACCUGACCACUGGGUUGACUGUGAACCGAUUGUAUGCUGUACGCUGAACUAGGCAACUUUCUUCCCGCAAUUGACUGGAUGACUCUCGCCUGCAAAUUAUUGCUGCAGUAUGAUGCUGGCCUCGCCAGUGAGUGGUUGUGGGAUAGAGGGCAUCAAGAAACCAUACUAUCUCAUUUACGGGUAAUAUCAAAUGGAGACAAUGGGUGAAUCAGUGAAACAAGAUUUGGGCGCUUCGAUACUGGUUGCUCCAUGGGCGGAUUCAGAGUAUGAGCUCCUCGCCUUGCUGCUGCCUGAGGUUCAGGAGAUCUAUGAGCGAGCUCAUCCAUGUCCUGGAAGUGUGACUCGUCUGUGUCCUGGGAUUGCGGCUCGACCCUGGCUUGAGAAUCUAGCUGAAUGACCACAUCCGAGUCCUGGAUCGAGUUAUGAAUCAUCUCCAAAGUCUGCGCUAUCCCCCCCAAGUCCGCUUUCUCUUCUGCAGUGUAUGGGGGGUGGUAUCUGAUCCAGCUGGUUCAGUAGGUCUAGCGAAGAUGAGCUGAGAUCUCUAAGCCUGGUGCUCCUGCUUGAGGGAUC